AACUGUCAACAUUGACAGUUUUAGGCAAAUUAUUUCAAUUUUAACUAAGAUGCUUUAAAGUGCCAAAAUAUUGACUAUGCACGUCUACACAAUUAGACACUAGUUUAGUUUAUCAGAAGAAAAAAAAGUUGAUUUGGGGGUAACUUGCCUUUUAAACUUAAUUUAAUUUGAUUCACACGUGUUCAAGUAAAAUAAUAUGUCUCAACUGGAUGAAGAGCACUUUAGCAUGGUCUAUGAUCCGUUAAAGUUAAUCAUUAAACAGAGUUUAAACAACACCAAUCAUUGUCGGGCCAGAUAUUUGUUCCACUGCUGAGCUAGAACACACACGACGGGAUUCCACUGGAAUUUGCAGGCAUUAAAUGCCACCAUUCACGACCCACACAGACCCAUUGAUCCAUCAAUGGCCCGCGUCCUUUCCCUGAUCCGGCCUCAGCCUAUUCUGGCCCUCGUGGGCCGGCCAAAACCUACAUUCUGCAAAAUGUCAAUGGACUCACGGGCCCGGAAGGUCUUUGCAGCGGCAGUGGAAGCUGUGCAGCCAGACACUGUAAUCAGGAAGAGCAUAGAGCGCACGGAAGAUUCAGUUCUUAUUGACGGUCGCAGAUUCACACUCAAACACAACCUGCACUUGGUGGGCUUUGGAAAAGCUGUUCUGGGAAUGGCUGCGGAGGUAGAGAGGAUCGUGGGUGAUCAUUUAGUGAAUGGCGUCAUAAGUGUGCCUCAUGGGAUUCAGCAGACGUUACGGCAGCACGGGAAAAGCCAUCUCCUGCUAAAGGAAAACAGUCGAAUCAAAGUGAUGGAAGGAGCUAAACACAACUUACCUGACGACGACGCCCAGAGAGCAGCUGAAGGCAUCAAGCGGUUAGCCAGUGAACUGACAGAAGAUGAUUUGCUACUUGUACUGAUCUCAGGUGGAGGCUCUGCACUGCUACCUGCACCCAUACCACCGAUCUCUCUGCAAGAUAAACUGGAUGUUACUCGCCGACUUGCAGCUGCUGGCGCCACCAUUCAAGAGCUCAACAAAGUUCGUCGAGCCCUCUCUUUGUUAAAGGGAGGAGGGCUCGCACACUAUGCUCACCCCGCGCAGGUGGUUGCUUUGAUUCUGUCUGAUGUUAUUGGGGAUCCACUUGAUUUAAUAGCUAGUGGUCCGACCGUAAGAAGUGAGGUGUGGCCUGAGGAGGUUUUGUCCAUCCUUGAACGCUACAAGCUGCCAGACUCCCUGUCAGCAUCAGUAAAAGACGUCCUUGCGAGACGAGGUCCCCGGUGGAAAGAGAACAAGGAUGAAGCUGAAGCAUCUGGAGAUGUUCUUAAUGUCGUGAUUGGCUCCAACAGCGUCGCCCUUCAGUGUGCAGGACGCUGCGUUCGAGACCUAGGUUUCCGCCCUGUGGUGCUUUCACCAGGUGUGUGUGGAGAUGUGAAGUCUGUCUCCAGACUUUACGGUCUUCUAGCUCGCUUUGCCUCUUCUCGUGAGGAACCUCCUCCAGAGAUUGCAGCCGAGGUGCUGAGGCUUGGGCCGGAAGUCGGCGUGGAGAGCUGGGAUCUGUGUCGUACCAUGCAGGUACUGGGCGAAGGGCGCACAGAGGGAUGGGGCGCCACGUGCCUGUUAGCUGGAGGGGAACCCACGGUGGAGCUGACGGGCUCUGGACGAGGUGGUCGAAACCAGGAGCUGGCUCUACGGGUGGGACUGGAACUCAGAGGCCUGGAGCUCCCACCUAAAGGACCCGUGUUCCUGAGUGGUGGCACCGAUGGCCAGGAUGGACCCACAGAGGCAGCAGGGGCCAUCACUGAUGGGGGCCUGUAUGACGAAGCCCAGGCACAAGGGCUUUACAUCGAUAAUGUUCUCACUGACAAUGAUUCUCACACAUUUUUUUCUCAUCUCUCUGAUGGAAAGCGUUUACUGGUUCCUGGCCUAACCUGCACCAAUGUCAUGGAUGUGCAUAUGCUACUGGUUCCAGCAAUUCCUAUUAAAAUAAGCUAAUUCAAAAGCACAGAAGAUUGAAGAAUCACUAGAGCUGACUUACAUUUUUGCUAUUUGUUGAUCUGCAAAGAUUUUCUUUUCAGGAAAACAGGCUUGAAGUUGAAUUUAAACAAAAUUCUCACCAAUUUGUAUCAGAGUUUGUAGUUUUCAUCAGUAGAUAUUUAAUGUAAUCAUUAAUUUCAACUUCCUUAUUAAUUUAAUCUAAAAAUAAGUUAUUCACAAAACAUGACUUUUUUACUCAACAUUUUUUUUCUUAGUUUUGAUGUGAAAUGGUAAAUAAAACAUAAAAUCUUCAUUUUAA